UCUUACGGUGCUUGAGAGACGUUUUUCUCUUUUCCUUUUUUGGUCUUAUCCAUACCAAAAAAAAGUAAGAGAGAAAGCAAUUAGACGAAGAGUAAAAAACAAAACAAAAAUGGCGGAUAAUAAUCACAAAGACGCUGAAGAUCAGUACUACGAUCAUUACUUGGACGAGGAUCUCUUGAAUGUUAUCAACAGUCCUGAUCGUAACUUAAUGGACUUAUCCUUCAACGAGGAUCCACUUCCUCAUCUUCCUCCUCUUUUUCCCCUACCCCCUCCCCCUCCUACACCAACCACCGAGGAUAUCAACGAAACCGAGUUGUUUCAAGAACUAUCAAUAUCUAUUUCUAACAGUGGUGAUACAAGCGAUAUGCUUGUAUCGCAGUUAGCCAAUGAGGGUUCCCUGACAUGGGAAAUGAUUGAUGAUGUAAAUGGAAGCAUCAACAAUGAUGUCUUAGGACAGAUUGUUGAUGACAAUGCUACAAAUGUCUGCGAAACAAGUCAACUUGAAGUAGGCACUCUAGUUUUUGGGGAACGCGGUACCAACUUUGAAAGUGGUGGUCCAUCAACAAUGCCUGUCCCGGCGGUUAGUAGGAUCGAACCGGGUUCUCUUGUUUUGGGGGAAUUCGGUCCGAAUUUCGAAACCGGUGGUACAUCAGCGACGCCUGUACCGGCGAGUAGGCCAACGGUAUCUGAAGGAAUCCUCGUAUGCACUUGUUGCAGCCCGCUUCGAGUUUUAGUCCAUUCUAAUGGCGAGGAGACGAUGAGACUUGAUAUUCAUGGAGGGAUUGGUUAUUUCUGCCAUGCGAUCUUCGAGACUCAACGCGUUGAUGGUUCUAACCAGCGUCAACAUCAUACAUAUCAUUUGAUUGAUAUGAGUAUGGAGGACGUGAAGAAGUUUUUAGAAGAUUAUUGCGCGGAGAUAGAAGCAGGAGGUUUUGUAAUGACGCAAGACACUAAUGAAGAUAUGUUUCAAGCGAUGAAUGCUUGCUACAGAAACAACCAGUUGUUUUUGUCAUCAUCGGGCAUUAAUGAUCUUCCAAUGUCUUUGGUUAUGCCUGAUAAAUCGCUUGGUGAUCCAUCUAUACCGGGGUAUGUUAGUUUGAGAGAUGAUCCCCCAGUGAAGAAAGGAAAGCCCCGCAGACAAACCCGUCUCGCUGCGCAGAGGGAGCGUACUAAAAAAAUGACACUGAAAGAUGUCAGUAUGCAUUUUCAUAUUCCAAUCGAACAAGCAUCUCGAAAAUUGAGUCUUUGUCCUACAGUUCUCAAGAAGAUUUGCCGGAGGGGAGGUUUAAAUCGCUGGCCACACCGCAGAGUAAAGAGUCUUUUAAGUAAGAUUAAUUCACUGAAAGAAGUUUUACGCACGGCAACGGAUCCUAGAGUUAGGAUGCGGGCGGAACAAGAGCUUGCAAGACUAGAGAAAAGACUUAGUAAAAUCUGCGGCGGCAUUCUCAGGAACUACAAGUGA